UGUGAUGAGGAUGAUAUCUCCCAUUAUCUUCACCAUUUCUCUCCUGCUUUCCUCCGCUUGCCAUGCUGCAGUGCAGGACUUCUGUGUGGCAGACCUCACAGCUCCUCAAAGCCUCGUAGGCUACCCUUGCAAGAAGCCAGAAACGGUGACGGUGAAUGAUUUUGUUUACUCCGGCCUAGGCGUUGCUGGAAAUACCUCAAAACUUAAAGUUGCAGUGACCUGGGUAACUGUCCCGGAGUUUCCUGCCUUGAACGGGCUUGGAAUCUCUUUGGCUCGUGCGGACUUGGCGGUUGGUGGAGUUUUUCCAAUCCACACGCAUCCAAGAGCUACAGAAGCCAUAAUUGUUUUGGAAGGAAAAGUCACUGCUGGGUUUAUUUCCUCGGCUAAUACAGUUUACUAUAAAACUCUGAAGCAAGGUGACGCCAUGAUUUUCCCCCAAGGAUUACCACACUUCGUAGUGAAUGCCGGAGCAACUCCAGUCCAAGUAUUUGUUAGCUUCAGUAGUGCAAGUCCUGGUCUCCAGGUUCUCGACUACGCUUUGUUUUCAAACGAUUUUCCCUCUGAAUUGGAAGCAGCAACAACUUUCCUCGACAUUCCUCAAAUUAAGAAGCUUAAGGCCUUUUUUGGUGGCACUGGUUAA